AUGGCGCGCCCGGGGCCUACGGGGCCCUGGGGAACCAAAGGGUCCUGGGGGCCCCCUGGGCCCCAGGGGGGCCCCCCGCCGUGGGGGCCCCCUGGGUCUACGUGGGCCCCUCCGAAGGGCCUCUGGGGGGGGUCCCCACGAGGGGGCAGCAGGGUACUGCUACGGGAGGGGGGCCCCCGGGGGAAGUGCGAGCCGGCUGAACAGCAGCAACAGCAGCAGCAGCAGCAGCAGCAGCAACGCAGCGUCGCUCUUUCGAUCGCUCUCUGCUGCUACUCGCAAACGCAUUUGGGCCCAUCUGGGGAAUGGGAGAAGCUCUUUUGUGCUGCUCUACAGCACCUCCGCCAUCCUCUUCUUUCUUUUCUUGCAAGACCGUCGUUGGUGCCGUUUGGGUACGGCGCGUGCGAGUCGAACUUGGGCCUGCAGGACCCGGGAACAGCAGCAGCAGCAGCAGCAGCAGCAGCAGCAGGAGCCCCAAACCCUGCGUGGCUGCUGCAGCAGCUUUUUCCCCACAGAAGAUGCGCCUGGGGUGCAUGCGCUGGAGACCGGGGCUGGCCCCCGCAGCUCGUCAAAGGGGGCAGAACUGCAGCCAGCCCUGCUGCAGCAGACUCCCCCAACCCGCGGAUUUUGCUGCCACUGGGGGCUUUGGACACAAAUUUAAUUCGAAAUUACGGAGAAGUUUACAGAGUCUUUUGGGCCUCUUGGUUGCAUGCGGGUUGGAUGCAUUUGUUGAUAAAUCUUCUUUGUCAGGCGGCAGUUCUUUUCAUUCUCGAGCCGAUGUGGGGGUUUUGGCGCUGCCUCCUCACCUGGGUAAUCAGCGCCAUGGGGGGUAAUACCCUCAGCGCAGUUCUAGACCCUUGCACCAGCACUGUGGGGUCUUCGGGGGCCCUUUACGGGCUUUUGGGGGCCCUCGUGCCCUUCGCAAUCGAGAAUUGGGAUUACCUCCACUUCCCCUGGUGCGUCCUGGCGAUCGUCGUCGUUGUUAUUGCCACGGCCCAGCUGACGAAUAUGGGGGGUUUCUCUUCUGUAGACAACUUCGCGCAUUUGGGCGGCUGCCUCGGGGGUUUGCUCGUAGGGUUUGCGACAAUAUAUUCCCUUCGGGCCAUCAGGAGGUUUUCGUUCUCCGUCUGGUGGGCGCGGGUGCAGCUGCGCUGCUGCCACCGCUGCCUUUCAGCAACGAAGCGCAACAUGUUGGCCAGACGUAUCAGGAGACAUGAAGCCAGGACACGCGCGGAGCUGAAAGAACUGCCCGCAGAUGGCCCCCCGUUUGUGUGGAAGUGUUACGAGGGCUUUCUAGAGUGGACUGUGCGGUUGCUGGCUCUUGGGUUCUUGGUGGCGUCGCUGACG